AUGAGCUUUGCUAGCAGAGUGGUGCAGGCCGCCUGGCUCAUCCUCACGGUCGCAGGCGUCCCAGCGCCGGCAGACGGUGAGAACAGCAGCUGCCACAACCCCACACUGAAGCUGGAUGAGGAAUCAGAGACACCACUCUUUGGAGCUGUGUUUGUUCAGCUGAAUGCAACCAAGAAGGUGGGAGUAAAGUCGACCCCGCCUGCCAAGCACGAGUUUCUGCCUAAACCGAAUGCCACCCAGAAGAUCGAAGAAACCAUCGCAGAUUCUGUCAGCAGCAACAAAGGCCAGAUCGCUCGUGAGACUGCCACCAAAAGCAAGAGCAACGAGUCUUCAGACUCAGACGAGGUGGUUGAGCAGGUUGACGAGCACACUGCCUUUGCCCACGCACACUACGAAGCGCCCGCAACAAACGCAACAGAUAUCUCCGUGGUCAUUCGGAUUGCUGAGCCGAAUCAAGUCGUCACCCUUUACCUUUUCAUCUUUGUGCCGUUGUCGAUGGCGUGGAUAUACUACUACUAUCGAGGCCGCCAGAUGCCGUCGCAUGGGAGGUUAUACAUGCUUCUGCUGCAGAUCACCGUUGCUGCCUUCAACCUGGGCACCAUACUUGUGAACCAGUCGCUUUGUGUUCUGAUGAAGGCACCCAUGGCACUCACAGCCAUGCAAGGCAUCUCCAUGCUAGUGUUCGGCGUUGUGUUCUGCGUGGUACACUUCAUCAACGUUGGAUCCAGGCCCGAUCUCUCUCUCUUGAAGAAAGAUGUUCUGCUUUGGCUGCCAGCAGCUGCAGCUUUCGGUGCGCACCAGCUCGCCGACCACUACGAAGCCAACUUUUGCUCCCUGUCAGAGCGAACGGUGUUUGGGAACCUGGCACCCGUCUUGGGCCUCUUCUUCGAGGUCAGCCUUAGCUCCGUCAUGCAACGACGCGCUUCCGACAAAACGGCGGCAAGCCUGUCUUCCAAGAUGGCCCUGGCACUCAAAGUCUUCGGGGCAUCCAUCUUCGCGCUGCAAUAUCCGGAUUUCAACACCCGAGGGUUGGAGGUUUCCACAUUCUUCAUAAUCUCCAUGGUGAUUUACAGGCUGGUACAACGUUUGAUGCUGGGCCACGUGCAAAGCCCCCUCUGUGUGCUAGCUUCCAUCGAUGCAGUGGUAUGCUUUUUGGUUUCGGCUGCUCUUACCAAGAACGAAGUUGAUGAUUUGCCCGCCUCUUUGCGGUUGUGGUGGAAUAAUGCAUCAAUCACAGUAAUGCUUGCCUUGUCCUUCGUGACAUUCAGCGUCGGGCACUGGGCUACGCUGCACCUCGUGAAUACCGACACGGCCACGGCGACCAUGGUCAUCAGCAAUAUCGCCAGUGGUUUCAGCGUGUUCCAGGGCAUCCUCUUCUUUCACGACGAUGACUUCCAGCGGCCCAUGGCUUUCGUGGGCAUCAUGAUUGUGAUUUUGGCCGGCAUGUGGUGGACGAUGAACCAAAGCUUGGCUGCCAGGGACGAAACUGAGACCAAGAAGCAGGCAGAUGAUGGUGCUCCAGCUGUGUCUGCUCCUCUGGAUCCUGUUCCUGAAGCUGGUUGA